AUGCCUGCAGACGUGCUCUGGAAAUCCAUGCCCCUUUCGCCCAAAGAGCUUUCGCUUGCACGCGUCCUCCGAUGCGGCCAGGCCUUCCGGUGGAAAAACGUAAACAACGUGUGGAGCGUGUCCACGCAAGACCAGAUCGUGCUUCUCCGGCAGGACGACGCGGCGCUCCACUACGCGGCCAUCGGGCCCGAAACCGCCGGCGCCGGGCCUCCUCCACACGCGGCCUCGCACUUUGUCAGAGACUACUUCAACUUGCACGUCCAGCUCGAGGCGCUCUAUCGGGCGUGGGCCGAGGUCGAGGCGCGGUUCUCAAACGGCCUGAAGCGCGCGGCCUUCGGCCUGUUCCCUGGCAUCCGCAUGCUCCGGCAGGAGCCGUGGGAGACCGUGGUGCUGUUCAUCUGCUCCAGCAACAACAACGUCAAGCGCAUCUCGAAGAUGUGCGACGCCGUGUGCGCGGAAUACGGCACGUACAUCAACGAGCACGGCGGCGUGCGCUACUACUCGUUCCCGGGCCCGGACGCGCUAGCUGCGGCCGGGGUGGAGGGCCGCUUGCGCGAGCUUGGCUUCGGCUACCGGGCACGGUACAUCCACCAGACGGCCCAGAUGUUCGUGGACGCGGCCAGGCCGGAGAUCUCGGUGGCCGCGCUCUACGAGCUCCGCAACCGGCUGUACGAAGAGGCACACGGCUUCUUGCUCCGGCUCACGGGCGUGGGCCCCAAAGUGGCCGACUGCAUCUGCCUCAUGGCCCUCGACAAGCACGACGUGGUGCCCGUGGACACGCACGUGAUGCAGAUUGCCGUGCGAGACUACAAGUUCCGGGGCCCGAGGGCCAUGACGCAGAAGGCGUACCACCAAGUGCGCGGCCAUCUCCGCUCGUUGUUUGGCGACUACGCCGGGUGGGCGCAGCUGGUGAUGUUUGCCGCGGAUCUCUCGGACUUGAACAACGGCAUUAACCAGCUCGAUGGCGCGCCGGUCAGGCACGAGGUCAAGGGCGAGGCGUCCGUGAGGACUGGGACAGAAGUCGAGACGUCCGUCAAACCGGCCAAACGCGUCAAAAGCGCGGCAUGA